AUGCCGAACAAUCAAAUGGAAGUGGGAGAAGAAGCGGAGAUGAAUGAAGCCGUCAAAACGGUCUUCCACGUCUCCCCGCUACGUCUGAAAAUCAUUGAAAAGUGUAUGGAUAUCUAUCGGGAAAGUGUACGUCAUCCGCAUUAUUCUCUUCCUUCAUUAGAAUUUCAGAUGUUUGUGGUAGACAAUCGAUCGCGAGUUGGGAAUUUAAAAAAGUUUCUGGAGCUGAGAGUGAGUGCUAGUCCGACUGUAACCUCUAAUUCGAACUUUGCAGUUAGUGAGCUCUCUUUUCGAUUCGGCUGUACACACCAUAAUGCGUAAGGAUUUUAAAGUGAUUCGAGUGGACAUUGACAAGUAAAAUCACAGUUUCACUACGGAUUCUACCCGUCAUUUGCAGUUACUACAUCCGUUGUAAUAAUUUCACGAUUGGACAGCACACUAAGGGUGGUCAGGUGCCUCGAUUCCGUCCGAAUCGGAACCCAGACGACAUUGCGGAUGACGACGUGCCUGAGAAUGAGCUGGGAGCGGAUGAACUCCAGCCGGAAGACAUGCUCGACGUCAUAUUCAUUCAAAAUUUCUUGACGUCUGUUCUGCUCGAACCGCAGUUAAAUGUCAUUUUUCAUUUUGCAGUUGGUUGGACCUCAAGUUCGAGCCGCCGACGGAAUCAUUCACAAUAUACGACAGCUGGAGUUUCAAACCGUGCAUGCUCCCUCCGACGUGUGCGAAAUCCGUUUUCUAUCCCCGUUAAUUUUUCUAUUAGUUUUCAGGGUGUCGCAAAUUGAGUUCCUUCAGAAAUAUGCAUCCGGAUAUGGAGUACUGUCGGUGCAAUCAGUGCGUGCUUGUCAUUCGUUCAUGCCGGCGAUAUUUCGGUCCUCUGAGCUUCAGAAUGGCUCAGGACGCACUACAACAUCAGGAAGCUUCCUACGGAACGAUAUCGUGCACGGACUCGUGAGAAGUCAUUGAUAUCUUCAUCAAAGAAACGUUUGUAUUCAGGUUCCUGGCAGAUAUCGCCCUCGAGUACACUCGGGAGCUUGAUGGCUACGGAGUGUUCAACUAUGAACUCUUCGAGGACGAUUUCAAGCGAAUCCAAUGCGACGAACUGAGAUUGGCAUUGCAAACGAUUCCGCAAGGGGAGGAGGAUCAGGUUCCAUGGCCACAUCCUCUGGAAGCCAUUCAGCUACUUGUCAAACUUUGGCGGUCCGUUCUCCUCGCUGCGAUUCAAAUGAAAAGUGCGAUUUCAGAAUAAAAACACUUCACAUUGAGGUGGUAACUGCCAUUGGCAACGAAUAUUACGUUUCUCGACGACGAUGGGAAAGAUAUCUUGCGCUCCACGCAGUAUACUUCGCGACAUUUAAUCAGAAUCAGUUCGAUAUUUCCGUCCAUGUCGGCCCUUUCCGAGCGGCUGGGACUAUCGAUAAGUGAGCGAUUGCGUUGCUAAUCCUUUAUUUAAUAAUUAUUUUACAGAGACUGUGAUUACGAAAUCCUUCCAAUCUUCGAUCUGCGCAACGAUGACAUCGAGCCGGACAUCACCAAAAUGGGAAGCCAUCUUUCGCUGCUCUCCCUCGCUUCGCAGGCCGAUUCAAACAGACCGCUCGAGUGGAAACAUCAGGGACGCAUCGCAUUCAACAUGUUCCGGGCCACCCACUUCCUCUUCCUCGCCAGCGGCAUUGUGGAGUUUCGAGGAUCACUGGCAACUGUAGGCGCCCUAGAUCGAUGCUCUCAUCGGAUAAUCGGAUUUUAGGCGAACUUCCUGAAGCACACAGUUCGACACAUGAUGCGCAUCACUUGGGGAGCUCGGGAUGAAGCAUGUGUCGAAAAGGGCAAAACGGUUUAUUGGAUCAAUUUCUUAGAGGACGCGUGCGAAAGUGUAACAAAAAUAUGGAAUGAUCAUCUGCACGAAUUAUUUUGUUCAAAUUUCCCGGGUUACACAAUCCGCAUGAACACGGCGGACGAAUUCCAAAAGUGCCGAUUUCGCAGGAUUGCCACGUUCGAAGAUGAGAGGUACCCGGACAUUCGCAGACAGGUCACAACUCUUUCUAAUCUUUUCAAAGUGUCUCUUUGUUUCAGACCGUCAAAAUACAAUAUGUGUCGUUCUACAAAGAGAGCACUAACAAUACGACGCACAUGAAGUUCGUCUUCUACUGA